AUGGCCGCAGCGAUGGACGACGACGAGCAGCCUCAGAUCACUGAACCCUUGCGUUCAGCUCGCAUCCCCAUCGCACAGCUCUCCCCAACGGCCAAACAUCUGUCAGAGGCCUCCAUUCACGCAAUAGUUACUCUUUUAUGGCCUUAUUCAUCCUCCAGCAAGUCACUUGGCCUGCUAUUAUCCGAGCCCGAUGUCCGUUUACGUCCCUCUAACGGACAAGUGAAAGUCCUCUUUCAUGGACGCGUCGCCGAGGACGUAGCAAAGUCGAGGAUCGGGAUUGGCGACGAGGUGUAUCUUAAAUUACUGGGGUCGAGGUUUGUGACUAGUGAAGCAGCGACUCAGACGCCGGGUAAAUAUUUGCCGUGGGACGUACAUUUUGACGAUUGCGUAUUUUUCGAGAUCUUACAAUCCUCGAAACACGUGUUGACCGUGAAAGUUAACCCUCCUUCAUCACCACCGCAUAGCACCGACGUUGCAACAGCCGCUCCGGCUACACCAUCGACCAAUGGCAAUAUUCAACUUGAGCGACCUGAUACUGCAGGGGGCUUAGGGUCAUGGCAAUCCCCAGCAUUUGUGGGGAGGUCGCGCACUUCAUUUGGGGGUCUAGUUGAUUCCGCGUUCGACCCCUUUGCCGAGGACGAUGGAUUUGUACCGGGUAAAGGGAGAAAAAGACCACGUUUUAGUAUGAGAAGCAGUGACUGGCGUUUAAUUGACGAGCCCGAAAGCCCGGGCGACAAGGACGUACCGUUCGAUUGGUCACAUAUAUUUGAUGAGGAUGAAGAUGAGGAGGCGGAGAUGGAGCAAACGUCGGUCUCCGAGAACCCUUCGGAGGUGUCGAGCGAUGCUUUGGGCCAAAAGAGCUCUUUGGAUACAGCUAAAGCUAUUGAAGUGGAUAAUUCCACAGCACAGGUAUCCCCAGAGCUGACAAAUGUUCCAGAGAAAAUAGAGGAUAGUGGCCAAUUUCUCCAACCCUUUACUGUUCGACGACCCGGAAUUUUUGGCCAGGACAUUAAACAGCAUACCAACCCUCAUCAUUCCCAUCUUCCGACGGAUACACCGCGUCUGCAUCCUAUUCCAUCCCCUGGGCUCCCCAUCCCUUCUCCACUAGUAACGACAUCGACUGGUCAACAAGGUUAUUUCACGGACACGCCGCAGUUUGAAUCCAAGGCGGUCACUACGUCAUUGACACAGAAGGUCGGAAGGUUGGGACAUGAGAGUUCCGAUGCACUGCUUAGCAUUUCGGAAACGAAGGAAGAUGAACACACCGACUCAAUUUUGGGGACAGACAGUCAAACAACAUGGUUAGCGGAAUCGAGGUCAGGCUUGCCUGACACUAUCAUCGACCAUGUAUUGUCCGCUCCAUCUCCUUCCGCAUCUACCGCCGCAAUGACCAAUAUGCAACUUGAUGAAGUUGCAAGAAUCACAGUUACGUGCGUUCAGGAAGAUCAACAGCCCAUAUACAUUUCCAGCAAUCUUCCAGCAGAAGCAGAACAUCCCGGGCUUGGUGGGUUUUUAGAAAUGCCUAAGAUGGAAAAAACAGAAGACCACGGUGCCGAAUCCAUUCAAAGUGGCCUUCGGGCACGAGAAGCUUUAGAAAGACAUGAAAGGGCGCACAUGGUAACCGAAGUACACGGGCAAAACCAGUUGGAAAUAAGUGCGCGGGAUGGAGAUCGUGCUGAACCGGAGUCCAUUUCUGGAGAUUCUAGCACUGCUGACAGCUCCGACAUUAUUGAAUAUGACUUUUAUGGGCGUGGAGAGAGCUUACCAGAUGGGAAAACAGGUAUCCCAGCACAGGUUUAUGAUUAUAAUUCUCAGCCGGAAGAAAGCGAGGGCGAGGUCUCGAGUGAAGAGAGAUAUGAAAGGGAGGAAUCAGAAGGGGAAGAAGAUGUAGAGAGCUUUGCUGAGAAUGAAUACUAUGGAGGGGAUCGCGAGUCGGAAAUUGAGUCCGAUUCGAUGAGUGUCGGCUCUCCUACUCAGCCCCAACUCGCCCCCAAAACUUCGGAACCCGAAGUCAUUGUCUUAGAUAGUGAGAGUGAGGAUGAAGCGCCUCCUAGCUCUCAUGCACGCGAUGUUGGAGUACGAGUAGGACCCCCUACCAACGAACGAGAGUCAAUGUCGUCUCCGUCGUUAGGAAGCGAAGGCUUCACUUCUGACGAAAGCUCGAUGGUCUCAGAGGAUGAAAAACGGCCCGAAGCGGAAUUCCAUCCUGAGUUGCAGAUAAUGCAGGAUGAACCGAAAGCAGCCGAGAGAAGAGAACGGCGGCUGUCAAAAAAUUACUCUGAAGAGUGGUCAGAAGAAGAAGACUCUGAAGAGGAGCGUUCAGAGGACGAUCGAGUUAGUGAUGAGGAUAUGAAGGGCAAAAUGAUACCAGUUGACCAUUUCGACAAUGAGCUGUCAGAACAUGAACAAGGAGAACAUGAAGUUGGUGAGUUCGAAGGGGUAGGAUCUGAACGGAUAGAGAAUGAAGCUGUCCAAUUUGAACAGGCAAUAUGUGAGCCAAGAAAAGAACAAUCGGUGGAAAUUCGAGAGCUGGACUACGAGAAUGCUCGAGAUGACCAAAUCCAGGGCAGGCAAGCGAAAGAAGAUGAAAGUCCAAAUGAAGCAUUCUUUCCUGCAUCAGACAUCCACUAUGCCGGUGGCUCUGAUGUUGAUGAGCUUCCAGAAAAGGAUGCUGCAUCUCUACCAGUUCUGCCCCAGGAUUCUUUGGAUCGUGCCUUGCAUGUCUUACAAAGUAGUGAAGGCCCUCAUGCUGACUCCGGAGUUUCCUUGCAUCACGCGGAUCUGGCGAUUGAUCCUGAGCUAUACAACUCAAGCUCUGCUCAGGCAAUGGCCACAACUAGCAUUUCCCCAGAUAAUGGUCAAGACGGCCGACCGUCAGAAACUAGAGAAGUGUUAGCCCAUGUCUCCGAACCUGGGCAGAGAGGUUAUUGUGGCUUGAUUCUUGAUGGCGCUGCAUCUCCAAUACACGUUUCUUCUAUAGACGCAGUUGCAUGGCUACCCACCCCGGAGCUGACUCAAGAACGAAGCGCUUUGCAAGGUGAAGGCGAAAUGUUGCCUAUAGAACACGCAGAAACUUUUACAUCUGCAGAAAUAGAUAAGGAGGAAACAGCUGCUGUCCAGGACUUUGGCCCUCGAUCAGCCUCCAGUGUUGCAUCAGAGGAAGAGUCAGUUAGAGUGGAGGUGUCAUUUUCGACCCUCAAAGAGCACUCUAGCUCUGAGGAAUCCAAAGCCUUGCAGGGAAAAAUUGCCCUUGGUGAUGACGAUGGAGGCACUUUGGACAGUGAUCGCCUAGUUGGUAUAGACCGCCAUCAUCCAGGCUUACGCAGCAAGCUCUCAUACUUUGCUCCCCUUGCUACACUUGUUGAUCAUUACAACGCUACAAUUGAUAGUAUUUCCGUUGCAUCGGAAGUACGUCCUAUCACCCGGGCCUCUUCAGGAAAGAAGGAUUACAUAUUAACCCUCCGACUGACCGAUCCGUCAAUGGCUGGUACUACCUAUUGUGCCCAAAUAUUCCGACCUUUCAAAGCAGCACUUCCUACUGUAGACGAAGGCGAUUCUAUUCUUUUACGGAAUUUCAAGGUCAAUAGUUUCAACCACGCGAUGAUACUCGUUAGCCAGAAUACCAGCGCCUGGGUGGUUUUCAGUGGUUCCAAGAGCAAGGGCCAAGUUGAUGGACCGCCGGUAGAAUACGGGGAUGAAGAGCAAGCCUAUGCUACAAACCUGCGACAAUGGUAUCAAGAAGACGGCGUAGCAAUGGUAGCAGACGCUGAACUGCAAGCAUCUAUCGAGAGAGCUAGCCGAGAAGGCACGCCCGCCAGUAGUGUGGCACUUAGCGACUCGGGGAGUUUUGACUCGACACAACGUGAUGGUGAACGUGGCGAGCCAUCAAUGUCAAGCCUGAGCUCACGGCGGAACAGGAAGUCCCACCGCCGGAUCACGAUUCAUCAGUUGAGAGACGGAAGGAGAUAUACCGAGGUCGGCUCGCCGUCUGGUAGAGAAAGCAUACAUGAGCUUAGGGAUGGGACUGUGUAUGCAAAUCACUAA